AUGUCAACAUUGCUGCCAUCCUCUGUCAUGCAGGGAAUGUCACCCAAUCUCGCCUCAUUUCUGGGGAACAUGCAGGCCCAAUUCAUGUCACUACAACAAUGUACCAAUGAACUUGAAUCUCUUGCUGCAACUAAUGCUAGAUUAACUGCUCAAUUAGUUAAUGCGGAAAAGCUAAUUGCUGAUCUCAGAUCUCAAUUAGCAUCUCAGAGCAAUUGUCAAAUUAUAACAAAUGCAUCAACAUCAUCUGCACCAACCACACCCAAGGAGCCUGGCAUUGAGACUUCUACAUGGACUACAACUGCUGCUGCUGCUCACAACUCUGUUGUUGUUCCUACUGCUCUUUCUGUUCACAAGACUCCAAGACCUCCUUCUGUUCGCCGGGUUGCUGCUUCUGCUAGAAUGUUUGCCAUUCCCACUGGUCCCAAAGGAUAUCAAUAUGUGUAUAUCCCACGUUCAUGUCGUCUCACACAUAGAGAAGUGCGCAACUCUUUGAAAACACUUGGUGUUGAUACUGGCCACAUCUUGGAUAUCAAUUUUCUUGCCAAGGAUGUAGUUGGCAUCCUAGUUCACAACCAGUAUGCUGAGAAAUUCCAGACCACUCUGACCACAGUUGCCAUUGAGAUCUUAGAUGCGUUUGACCCUUUGGAUCCCAAAAACAUUGCAGAUCCCAAAUAUAAGUCUCUUUCUGAUUCAGAGCUAGAAGAAGUUGCUGCUGAACUUCAUUCUGAUCGUUGUCUGAAGGCUCUCAAGUACCUUUGUCCUCAUGUUGCUGUUCCUGUUGGUCAUUUCUUUUGUGAUCAAGGCUGGAUCUCUAAGGAAGAUAUUCCUGUCCAUUCUGUUUCUGGUCCUGGUGCUGGACUUUGGAAUGCUAAUGGUCUGCAGCCUCGUGCAAUUUAUGAUGUUCUUCAACACUGUCACUCUCUACAUAUGCUUUUUAUCACUGAAACAUGGCUUCUCCCCCCAUCUCAUCUCCCCACUUCUUGGUCCCAGAUUCAUCUUUAUGGUUCACCUGUAGCUGGCAACUACAGAGGUUCUAUGGGUGUUUCUGUUCUUAUUUCUCCAUCUUGUCCUUAUUCUGUCCCUCAGAUUCCUAUGUCAUCUAAUUAUGCUUUGGCCAUCAAGAUUGGUUCCCUCAGAAUUGUAUGCCUGUACGUACCGCCCUCUAUGUCCACCCAUGAUGCUCUUGCAGUUCUCUCAUCCAUUCCUUUGACCAAUGACACUAUUAUCUGCGGCGAUUUUAAUUCACGUUUGGGUUCACUUACUAGUGACUAUGCUACUAACACUCGAGGUCUUGCUCUUUGUCAAUGGUUAGAAGAACGUGCUCUUACUGUUAUAAGCAGUAUCAUUGAUCUGUUUAUCACUAAUAUGUCCCUCACCAAUGCCACUCUCAACAUUCAUACCGGCCUCUCACUCAACUCUGACCACCGUCUGCUUUCACUUUCAUUUACAUAUGCCAUCAAUCCAACAUCACAUGCACCACCACCAUCUCGCAAAACAUGGAACCUCUCACGUCUUCAAGAACCUGAUGUUCUCAAACUAUAUGCCCACACAUUUGUCACUAAUUCCACCAACCUCAAAUCCACUUUGCAAUCGACCUUUGAACACCCUCCUUCCUCACGUCUACCAAUUGAUGCACUAACUGAUGAAUUCAACUCACUCAUUUAUAAUUCUUUAAGUAGCUCAAUUGGCAACCGUCCUCCCCGUCCUUCACUGGAAAAAUAA